AAUUUGGCCGCAAGUUGCAAGCUCAAACUUAGUGUGUUUGCAGCGGUCAGCGCCAUGGUUGACAAAGCCACAGUGGAGGUUUUGAAGGCCUUGAAGGAUCCUCUGGUGAUCGACGUGAGAGAUCCCAAUGAGGUGGCCGAGGGCAAGGGCGGCCCACCAGCGGUGAUCCCUGGAAGUAUCAAUGUCCCACUGAACGUGGAUGGCCAAAAGCAGAGUGAUCAUCCUACUACCCCAGAGGAGUUCCAAGCAAAGCUAGCAGCUGCAAAAGUGACUCUACCGGAGGCGAAGGAUGCUGCAAUCAUUACUCACUGCGGUAGCGGUGGGCGCGGCGGGCGGGCGGCGGAGAUCCUGCGCGGCUUGGGCUACAGCAAUGCGCAGAAUGGUGGGGGCCCCUCGCACAUUGCAGCUGCGCUGGGAUUGGCAUGAGCAACGACAAGUCGGAGACUGGAGGAAUCCGGCAGCUGACCAAGCACGGAAAGGCGACUGGCAACGGCCAAGCUGUUGCUGAAGUUCCAAAUCGGUUCAAGGAAGGAGACAACCAUGCAUUCUGCUGAGGCUUCUCCAUGAGUCUUUUGAAUCUCUAUGGUUCCAAGAUAUUGAACCAGCAUUUUCGAUGGUUUUUCCGCGCUUAGAGGACAAAA